AUGAUCACCCAGCACCAACUACGCUGGCUCGGACACGUGAUCCGGAUGUCCCAAGACCGACUGCCCCGCAGAGUGCUGUAUGGCCAGCUACACCACGGCCAUCGCCCUGCAGGAGGACCAAAGAAACCCCAUAAGGACCAGCUGAAGACUUCACUAAAGAAGUGUAAGAUCAGGCCUGAGGACCUUGAGACUGCUGCUUCUGACCGUGACGCAUGGCGGCAGUACUGCUAUGAAGGAACUCAGAGGCUGGAGGAGGACAGGACUGCCAGAAGACACCAAAAAAGACUCAGGAGAAACACACCCGCACCCGUGACUGCCAGUAUCACCACCACUACAACCUACCCAUGUCCCACCUGCAAUAGAAUAUGUGGCUCCAGGAUUGGACUCUUUCGCCACCAACAAACUCACCGUUAA